AUGAAAUGCAGCCAGUUGUUUGGGUUGAAAAUGGCAGAAAGUAGGACAAUCUCGGAAUCGACUUUUACAAAAUCAGAAAACACAUCUUCGGAUGAGGAACAAGAACCUCCUUGUCGCUCAGUUGGACGGCCACGGGUGCCAUUUGAAGAGGCAUCCAAGAAAACAAAACGAAGACGUGUAGCCGAACUAACCACAGUCAGAUCUGCAAAUGAACUUCAAUUUGCUGUUAAUGUCGUUUCUGGAAGCAAUCACAGUGAGGUCUCGCCACAAGUUUUUAGUUUUAGUACAGCUGAAGCUUUAGCCCUUAUGGUAGAUUUGGAUAUAAAAGUUGCUUUGCAAGAACUUGUACAGAAAACAGCUGAAAGUAUACUUGAAAUAAUAAAUGUUGAAGAGAGAGAUUGCCGGAUCAAAGUGAUAUGCAAGUGGGGAUUUGAUGGCAGUUCUGGGCAUAGCCAAUAUAAGCAGAAAUUUUCUGAUUUAGAAAACACCGACGAAUUUCUGUUUCUUGUAGCAAUGACGCCACUCAGAUUGAUUGAUAUGGAUACGAAUAAGGUAUUGUGGAAAAAUUAGAGCCCUUCAUCUACUUUAUAUUGUAGGCCGAUCAAGUUUUUAUUUAAAAAGGAAAAUGCU